AAAAUUCCUGCAUAGUAACCUGAGUUUAUUUUUUUACCUUCAGGUAUGUAUUUCCUAUGAUUUUGAGAGUAAACAGUUUGAGCAUCAAUAAUCUACAUUAACUUUGAUUUUUCACCAACACUUUGCAAAAAUGGAACAGUAUUGAAAAUGCAUUGUCUACUUUGAAAACAAAGUAAUUUCAAGUCAUUGCAAUAAAUAUUGAAGAUUGAAUGGCCUAAGAAAAAUAAUACCUAUCAUUUAUUCCAUCCUUUAUAGUGAUGCUACAGGACAGGAAGGAAUGGAUAAAAACAUUGGCGAGCAACUGAAUAAAGCUUAUGAAGCCUUUCGUCAGGCAUGCAUGGAUAGAGAUUCUGCAGUAAAAGAACUACAGCUAAAGACUGAGAACUAUGAGCAGAAAAUACGUGAGCAACAGGAACAGCUGUCACUUCAACAAACUAUUAUUGACAAGCUAAAAUCACAGUUACUUCUUGUGAAUUCCAGUCGAGAUAACAGUUAUGGCUGUGUCCCCCUAUUUGAAGACAGUGAAGCAAGGAAGAAUAAUUUCACUCUUAAUCAGCCAAAUGAUAAAGUGAAAUCAGGAGUACCAAGAGAAAAAGAAUCUCAGGUCAGAAGACAAGAGGUUUCCUCUCCUAGGAAAGAAACUUCAUCAAGGAGUCUUGGCAUUCCUUUAUUCCAUGAAAGGGGAUGUAUAGAAAAGACUUUCUGGGAUCUGAAAGAAGAAUUUCAUAGAAUAUGCAUGCUAGCAAAAGCUCAGAAAGAUCACUUAAACAAACUUAAUGUACCAGCUACUGCAACUGAAACACAGUGUUCUGUGCCUAUACAGUGUACAGAUAAAACAGAUAAACAAGAAGCACUGUUUAAGCCUCAGACUAAAGAUGAUAUAAAUAGAGGUGCACCAUGUAUCACAUCUGUCACACCAAGAGGACUGGGCCGAGAUGAAGAAGAUACUUCUUUUGAAUCACUUUCUAAAUUCAAUGUCAAGUUCCCACCUAUGGACAGUGACUCUACUUUCUUACAUAGCACUCCAGAAAGACCCAAUGUUCUUGUUCCUGCUACAUCCGAGGCAAUGUGCCAGGAUAAAUUUAAUAUGGAACUCAGAGACAACCCAGCAAACUUUGUUAAAACAGCAGAAACUUUAUUUGAUAUUCAGGGAAUUGACCCCAUAGCUUCAGCGAUACAAAACCUUAAAACAGCUAACAAAGCAAAACCUUCAAAUCUUGUAAACGCUUGUAUUGGGACAACUCUGGAUAGAGCUGCGUGUUUGCCACCUGGAGACCAUAAUGCGUUAUAUAUAAAUACAUACCCACUUCAGGACCCGUCUGGUGUACCUUUUCCUUCACUUGAUUCCCCAGGAAAAGCUAUCCGAGGACCACAGCAGCCCCUUUGGAAGCCCUUUCCUAAUCAAGACAGUGACUUACCGGUACUAAAUGGCACAGACUCAGAACUGCAUAUACCUCGAGUAUGUGAAUUCUGUCAAGCAGUUUUCCCACCAUCCAUUACAUCCAGGGGGGAUUUCCUCAGGCACCUUAAUUCACAUUUUAAUGGAGAAACUUAAAAUACAUUUGAAUACAGACAUGAAACUGUGUGAUGAUUUUAUGUAUGGAAUACAAAUGAUUGCAAACUUAGUUCAGGAUCAUUUAUUGAAAAAUCCAGUCACAGCUGUUUGAAUUUUUUUUCUAAACUUACAUUGUAACUUUUUUAUUAUCUCUUAAAAGGUCAUUUUGUUCAAAACUAUUUCAUUGUAUUCAUGUUUACAGUGUUUACCUUAAAUCAAAAUUAAAAAGUGACUUGCAGACUUGCGUAACCAUACUUUGUUUCAAAUGUCUAAGUUUAAUACUUGGAUUUCUAGUUAGAGCUAUUGAAUUUCGUGAUGUCAAAAGUUUAUAGGGAUUGUUCAUUUGUAUUCAUUUAAAAUGUUUGAUUAUUUAUGCUCUAGGUGAUAUUCUCUUUGAAUAAAUGUAUAAUAGAGAAUAGCAGACAACAUAAGUAUAUACCAAACCUAAAAUAAUUGUUGCCCAGUGAUAAAAUCACUGAUAGAAUCAUUUAAACACUUUAGAUUGCUUUUUAGUAAUAAAAAUGGUUUUAAUUUUUACUGUGUGUAUAGCUACAUGAUGAAAUGACUUAGAUAUUAAAAGAAUUAUCUGUUGUGAUCAUUAAUGUGUUCUAUGUUCCUGAGUAAAAAUAAAGGAAAUCAUAUUUGGGGGAAGUUGAUAAAAUUCAUGUUUUCUUUGAUAACAAAGGUAAUACCAGAUCUGGUAAUAUUUCAUUACAACCAUUGCAUCACUUCGAAUUUUAAAAUUAUUUUUCAAACUAAACUUGCUAAAGAAAUAUGUUU